UUCGUCUCUCACUCUUCCAAGGUCCUGCGAUCGCUAUCCCUCUCGUAUCUCCGAGGAGAAGGACGGCAGCGAGAUCAUGGAGGGAAGAGUCCGCACCGCGGUGGCAGUGGCCCUCUCGCUGGCGAUCUCGACAAGAGCUUUUCGCCAUAGGUCGCUCGAUCUGUCCGGGGCGAUCGCUGGGUUCCUGGUGAUGGCGAUCCACAUCGCGGCCGGAUACAGAUUCGGCGCGCUCCUGCUCGUGUUCUUCUUCACGUCCUCGAAGCUCACCAAGAUGGGCGAGGAAAAGAAGCGAAAGAUAGAUGAGGAUUUCAAGCAAGGAGGACAGCGAAAUUGGAUACAAGUAUUGUCUAAUAGUGGACUUGCAACUAUUUUAGUAGUUGUAUUUGUAACCGUGAUUGGGGGACAAGAUACAUGCUUGGACACAAAAAGGUCAAAGCUUUUCACUGGUCUUAUUGGUGGCAUUAUUGGACAUUAUGCCUGCUGCAAUGGAGACACUUGGUCAUCUGAAAUUGGAUUACUUAGCAAUGCGCAACCCAGACUAAUCACUACAUUCAAGACGGUUCGAAAAGGUACAAACGGUGCUGUCAGCAUAGAGGGACUUAUAGCAGCGGCAGCUGCUGGUUUUGUUAUUGGGCUUACUUCUGUCAUCACCGGGUCACUUGCAGCAGCUGACUGCUCUACAGAUGCAGUCUGGAAGCAGUUGUUACUAAUUCCAAUUGCUACUAUUGCAGGGUUGGGUGGUAGCCUGAUCGAUUCAUUGUUAGGUGCAACUCUUCAGUUUAGUGGCUACUGCACUGUAAGGAAAAAGGUGGUGAGUAAUAGAACACCGACUGUGAUCAAGAUAUCAGGAAUGAGCUUGUUGGACAACAAUGCUGUAAAUGUGGUAUCAGUAUUGCUGACCACCAUCCUUACUUCCGCGGCGUGUCUGUAUAUUUUCUGAUUUUGCUGGAGGCCUUGAUGCUGUAAAUUUGUGGCUCAUGUAACCAUAAGCAACUUUUGAUCCAGCCUCGCCUGCUAUUCUGGAUUAACACAUUUUAUUAGCUGAAAACACCUUUGCCACUUUGUUGGCAAAUGUGCCUUCUUUUUCUGUCCUUCAAGCCUCAAAUGUACCUUUCAAAGCUUCUUUGUUGCAUUGUUCUUCUGUUUUUAGCUGCUGUUAAUUUGCAAACAAAUGUUCUUUUCCCGAAUGAAGUUUGAUGGAACCUUGAUGCGGUACUGAA